AACAAAACCAAACCAGACCAAACACCAAAGCAAAAUCUCCAACUCCAAGCUUUGACAAUCUUUAGGAGAUAGGCACAUAGCAGAAGCAAGCUGAUAGAGUCGUAAACGAAUAGUCUUUUUCAUUCCUUCAAUUUUUUUCCUCCCUCCUUUGUUUUUUUAUUGAUAUCAUGAUCAUCGUCAUCAGAAAAAAAUAAAAAUCAUUUGCCAUUAUCUCUUCUCAUCUCUCCUCCGAUCUCCCUCCUGGUUUUCUGGCGGUUUUUCCUUGUGAAAACCCUAAUCAUUAAUCACUCUCACAUUUCAAUUCCCAAACCCUUUCCUUAAAUUUCAUAAAAAUCACAUUUUUCCUUCUUCUGUAAAUUCUUUUAUUCCUUUUAUUUAUUUAUUGCAAGAAGCUUACUUUCAGAGCAAAGAUUGCAGCUUUCGAUUUGGGUCUCUCUAGAUUUUAGGUUUCUGAUUGUGUCAUUGGGAUGAGAAGAAGGGUCUUUGUUUUGUUAAAGAACAAUUUUGGUGGGUAGUUUUGUGCUUGCGCAAUUCUGAUCGUCUUGUUUGUUUUUAUUGACUAAACGACGUGAAAAACCAGAGGCUUUGUGGGUUCUUUUAGUUUCUUGUUUUGGAUGCGUUAGGGCUGUGGAACUUGGAGAUGGAGACACUUGGAGCCUAAAAAGGUUGUGAAUUUGGAGCUGUUUCUUAUUUUGGGUUUGGCCCUCUCUCUCUUUUUUUUUUUGUGUUGUUGUUGAAGUUCAAAAGAGAAACAGCUCUGAAGGGUUAUGAUUAAGACAGCUGGGUUUGAACAAGAAGAAGUAGUAGAUAAGGAGUGUUUUGUUUAUCUGAGUGUUGGUUGUUUUCUUGGGGAUGAUGAAUGAUGGUGGACGUAAUGGUGGUGGUGUUUCCCGCCAUGGCAAGACUAAUGGUUUCAUUCCGAGUUCGUUUCGGGCACUUUCGAGUUAUCUGAGGAUUGUGUCUUCUGGGGCAUCAACUGUUGCCAGGUCGGCUGUGUCGGUGGCCUCUUCGAUUGUGGAGAGGGAUGAGGAUGCCAGCAAUGAUCAGGUAAACUGGGCUGGAUUUGACAAGUUAGAGGGGGAGGGAAAUGUCUGCCGUAAAGUUCUUCUGCUGGGUUACCGCUCUGGUUUCCAGGUCUGGGAUGUUGAAGAAGCAGAUAAUGUCCAUGACCUGAUUUCCACACAUGAUGGUCCUAUUUCAUUUAUGCAAAUGCUACCUAAACCAAUAGCCUCAAAGAGAUCAGAUGACAAGUUUGCAGAAAGCCGUCCACUGCUGGUUGUUUGUGCUGAUGGGUCAAUAUCUGUUGAUAAUAACAAAGAGGAUAACACUGGCCCUCGCAACGGUGUUACCACUAACAGCCCUGACAAAGUGAACAGUAGUUUUGUGCCAACUUCUGUUCGUGUUUUUUCCUUGAGAUCUCAAUCCUAUGUUCACGUGCUGAAGUUCAGAUCAGCUGUUUAUUCUGUGAAGUGCAGUUCUCGAGUUAUUGCUAUUUCUCAAGCAACUCAGAUACACUGUUUUGAUGCCACAACAUUAGAGCGGGAAUAUACUAUUCUUACCAAUCCUAUAGUUACGGGAUUCCCAGGUUCCGGAGGUAUAGGUUGUGGACCUGUUGCAGUAGGCAAGAGAUGGCUAGCUUAUAGUGGAAGUCCUGUUGCAGUAACCAGUUCUGGGCGUGUUAAUCCACAACAUCUGGAACCUUCUGCUAGCUCUCCUUCAAAUGGUAGCCUGGUUGCUCACUAUGCAAAAGAGUCAAGCAAGCAACUAGCUGCUGGGAUUGCGACCUUGGGAGACAUGGGGAUUCAGAAGCUGUCCCAGUUCUACUCAGAGCUUGUACCUGAUAGUAUUACUUAUCCCCAGUCAGGGAAUCCUUCUCGGAAAGCCAAUAGAACUGUCAAUGGCAAGUCAACAGACACAGAGAGUGUUGGAAUGGUCAUUGUCAGAGAUAUCGUCAGUAAAGCUGUUAUUGCACAGUUCAGGGCUCACCAAAGUCCAAUUUCUGCAUUAUGCUUUGAUCCUAGUGGCAUGCUUUUAGUGUCUGCUUCAGUUCAGGGGCAUAACAUCAAUGUUUUUAAGAUAAUGCCUGGACUUCCUGGAGUCUCUUCUUCAACUGAUGCUGAUGCAUCUCAUGUACAUCUUUACAGGCUACAGCGUGGAAUGACAAAUGCAGUCAUUCAGGACAUUAGUUUCAGUGAUGACAGCAACUGGAUUAUGGUUAGUUCCUCUAGGGGGACUAGCCAUCUGUUUGCUAUAAAUCCUCAGGGAGGACCUGUUGAUAUUCCAAGUUCCGAGGCUAGCUUCAAUCCAAAAUAUACUGUAUCAGGUGUCCCAACUAGAUCGGCAGUUCGUUGGCCACCUAAUUCAGGUUUGCAAAUGCCUAAUCAGCAGAGCCUCUGUUCACCUGGGCCCCCAGUUACACUUUCUGUUGUUAGUAGAAUAAGAAAUGGAGACAAUAGUUGGAGAGGGACUGUAACUGGUGCUGCUGCCGCUGCCACUGGCAAGACGAAUUUCUUCUCUGGGGCAAUUGCUUCCUCGUUCCAUAAUUGCAAAGCCAAUGAUUACCAUGUUGAGUCCAGCUCUUUGAAGGCUAAAUACUACCUUUUGGUAUUUUCUCCAUCUGGUUGCAUGAUACAAUAUGCAUUGCGAAUGCCAAAUGGUCUGGAUUCAACAACUGUGACUGGAUUGAACUCUGCUUAUGAGUCAGAUCACGAGGGUGAUGCCAGAUUAGUAGUUGAAGCUAUCCAGAAGUGGAACGUAUGCCAGAAGAAGAACCGGAGAGAACAGGAGGAUAACACUGACAUAUAUGGGGAUAGUAGAAAUCUAGACAAUAAUAAGAUAUAUCCUGAAGGAAUGAAGAAGGCCAACAUUGUAUAUCCUGAAGCUUUGAGUUCUGUCCCAAAAGAAAAGAUCACCCCUGAGGAAAAAAAUCAUUUGUAUAUUUCAGAAGCUGAACUGCAGAUGCAAGAAACUCAAGCUCCACUAUGGGCAAAAAAUGAGCUAUAUUUUCAGUCGAUGAUUGUGGAAGGUGUGAAGAUGGAUGGUGAAAGUGACACUGCCGGAGAAAUUGAGAUUGAAAGGAUUCCAACUCGCAUGAUUGAAGCAAGGGCAAAGGAUUUGGUCCCAGUUUUUGACUAUCUUCAGACUCCAGUGUUCCAACCAGCGAGGGUUGCUGCUGUGAAUAGCAAUAUCAGUGGGAAACUUUUUGAACAGAGGUCUGCAAUACCUGAAAUUGACAGGCUUUCAGGCAGGAGUAGUUCAAACUUUCUUGAUACCAUGAGUGACAGUGGUACUGGACUUGCAGAACAACACAACAGUAGUGAAGAAACUGGGUGGGGUGUUCCUCAGAUGACAAUAGGAAGCACGGGCUCUGUAAAUAGCAAUGACAGCCCAGAAACAAAGACUCAGCUUGAGACUGUAAAUAGUAGAGAGCACAGCUUUAAAAUGGAGGCUCAACUCAAGUUUGUAAAUAAUGACAUAGAAGAAGACAUGGGAAUGGGGAAUCUUUUUGAACAGGGAGGUGAUGAAUAUGAUUAGAGGUGUGCAGAUAUUCUUUAGUUCUCCUGGGAGAGUAACAAUGUUAAUACAAUGGGUGGUUUUGGGAGAAGCAUGAGCAAUAGGGAGGGGGGUGUCUGGCUUUACUGAUGCGGAAAUUGUGGAUAACUAUGUGGUUGGUUUUCAUCUUUGGUUGACUCUGUAAAUAAAUUGGCCACAUAACGUUUCCUAAUCAGUUGUAAUAUGUACAUAACAAUAGAACUGCAUCUUCCUGCCGCUUUAUCGCU